AUGGCGAGCUAUAUAUCCCACUACUUACCGAGUUUCAAGACGCCAUUGAAUUUUGAAGGUACAUCUCAGGAUGUCGAGACGUUAAACUCAGGAGAACCUGGCCACGUCCAAUAUAUUGCCAUCAUUGAAACCAAUAACGAUGCACAGGGUACAAAGGAGGAGCUGGACUCUAAAUUGAACAAAAGAUUGAUCACGUUUGCACACAGUGAUACUAAAGUUGAGAUUAGUUCCAAUGUCAAGAUACGAUUAGCCGGGCUAUUGCAAGGGGUGUAUGCUUUUUCCCUGGAAUUUGUCACAUCCCACAAUGGUGCAAAGAAUAUAAGGAAACCAAUGGUUAUAAGUUCAAAAGGUGAGAGCUUUGUGGUGGUCCAAAUUGAGGAGUCAUUUACUCUUGUAUGCUCCAUAGCAUCUGAUGACAAAAUCGUGAUUAAGCAAUUACAGUAUAUACUAAAGCAGCAACAUCGGUUUUUUGUUUUAUUUCACAAAUCUUUGGGUACUAUAAAAAAAGAAACCGGGGUUGAUCUGUUGCGGAAUCUACUAACUCAAUGGUGGAGUAAUUUCGUCUUUAAGUACAAUGAGAAACUGAGUACCAGCGAGAUCAAAUGGCCAAAUAGUCUCAACUAUACGGGAUUCAAUAGCUUUAUUCUGGUAGGUUACAAAAAGUCAUCCACUUCUUUGCCAAAUAAAGUCAAGGAUGAGUUUAGAAAGUUGAUUUUAGAAGAGGAGUUGUUACCACAUGGCCUUGUCAUUAGUAGUUUAACACCCACUAUUGCAAAGAAGAUGGGUCUCAUUCACGCACAGCCAAUGACAGAUAAAUUGGAACCUCAGUCGUUGGUGGAUCUUCACAACUGGAUGGAAUUUGACUGCGCAAUGCAUGCCAGCGACAAGGAACGUACUUGCCCUGGUGAAAGUGAAAUCAGAACGGGAGAAGAUGCGACUAGCUUUCUAAAUCCAGUGACUUUGACCAACAAUCUAGUGGUUCUGCCGUGGAAUAAAAUGUCUGAUCUCAUUCGUGGUGGUAGUGCGACAGAUACGACUAGUGUAUACGAGGAUUCGCUGCAACACGAUCCCAAUACUUCCGAAUCAUGGCUUUCCCGUACCGUUUUUGGGAACUCAAGGGAGAGUAACGUUUCUGCGGGACAUUCACGGGAGCUGAUUGACGCGCAAGAGUCGGUAAACCUGCGUGAGCAUCAGUUUGAUCAUUUCUUGUACGGUAUUCAACGGGAUCAUUCGAUUUCAAGAAAGCUCGUUUACCUCCCAACAAAGGACAGCUGUCUAAGUACGCGUGAGGAAGAACCAUCAAAUGAGUUGGAGUACCAACUAGUUACGUAUUGCCAUGACGAUAUUUUCAUCACUUUAAUUUACGACUCGCUGGAAACAUCACAUCUCGAUGAUGCUGGCUUUUAUCGGCAUUUAACGUGUACAAUAUUUGAACCACUACACGAGGAAAUUACACAAUUUCAAACAUCAACUUUAGGAACUAGCACGAAUUCGGUAACCACAUUAAACUUGACCAACAUUGAUAGCAAUUUCUUGUACAGUGUGUCUGAUUUCAAACGUAUGAACUAUGCAUCAUCCAUCCCCUUGAUUCUUGAUCAAACACACGAGAAGUUUCCCACUAUCGUCAAUAUUCAUGAUCAAUUAAUCAAAAUUUGCGAAAAUUUUGAUUUUACAGCCCAUGAAUUUUAUCAUAAAUUCACCUUGGGAAGCAAACAUGAUUGGAUGAGUUAUAUUAUCAAGUAUGACAAUAAAUUGAUUAUCGUUAUCAAAAAUAACAAUAAGACCACUAGUGGCGGUGGCGGAGGUGGUGUAGUUGUGCCACCUGAAGAAAGAAACAUGGUGAAUCAAAUUACUGGUCUUGUGUCUGACUAUGCAAGUUUAGGAUUUUUGGAAAAUCUAGGUGAUGACGUCAAGUAUUGGUUGGGGCAAGUGAUUAAUACAGAGUAA